AUGGAUUCUGGUGAAUACUCUCGCACCUCUCCACGGUCGCGUGAACUCUUAAAGCUCAUACGUGCUCUAGAUAUCAACGUCGCCUUCGAGGGCCUAGGCGGCGACAUGGCCGCAUCUGGGCAGCACGACGGCCUCUUCGAUUCCUUCUGGGAUCGGGGGCUGUCGGCUGCGCAGUUCACCUCCGUUAACCAGCCUACGCCGGCGUCGACAUCGACCCAGACAAUCUCCCCCAAGGAUAUCUUUGCAGACCCGCUGAUGUCUGCGCCCCCAUCUACUGCGUUCACCAACCUCACCUCUCCGGAUGUUGAGUCCCCCUUUCUAGACCUCAGCUAUGAACCCUCGCCUGCUCUGUUCCACGACAAUGAUCUCACCAACUCUGGAUUCUAUACCGGCUCACUCUUCCCGGAGCUUGAGCAGGAGGCGAUUCCUAUUGAACGAUCAACCAGCAAUCACUCUCUUGGACAGAACAGCAGCUCCAGCGACUCGCCUGGUGUUGUCACCCUCGGCUCCCGGCGGAAGUCAUCUGUUGGAGCCGGCUUGAGCCACUCGGCUGUCUCAGGCGUGAAGCCGCGUCGCCGGAAGAACCCUCUUCCACCGAUUCAAGUUGACCCCAACGACAAGGUUGCCGUGAAGCGAGCCCGCAAUACUCUUGCUGCUCGUGAUUCUAGGGAUAGGAAGGUCCAACUCAUUCAAAGUCUGGAGAGCCGCAUUGCAGACCUCGAGACUGAAAAGGCAGACUUGGAGAAGUGGAAGAACCUUGCUCUGGCUCAUGGUCUUUCAGUCUAA